AGCUUUUUCCGCGACGCUGAGUUGACCGAAAGAUCAACAACACCCUGUGACUUUACUGAAGCGCCACAACAGGGGAUUUUGAAACUACAAUCAAGGUUAAAUGCACUCCAUUUGUAAAGGUAUCCCGUCAUUGUUUGGUUUAACCCACUGUCUAUAUUGAGUAAACAAUUGAAAUCGUCUUACGAGCAAACCAAAGUUAAACACACGCGGUACGCACGCGAUGUUAUCCAAACGAAGCACAGACACCAGACAAGCCACUUGAGCGUUCUCUCAGGAGAUGUUACAACAGUGGUGAAGUUCAAAGGGGAUGCCUCUCUUAAAUGACGUCACCCCUCGUAAUUCAUCAAAAUAUCAAUGAAAAGGCAAGGGUGGGCACAGUAUUCUGCUCCAUCACGCACAUAAAGAAGCACCAAGUCAGCAGGAGGACGCCCUUCGUCGACUUGAGUUUUGAGAUUCUAAAACACCAGUCCCCACAGAGAAUUUGCCGGUAUCGAGUUGAGAUGAUGAACAUGUGGAUAUCACGUCACCUGGUGGUCAUUUGGCUUUACUUGCACCUCAGCGAAGCAUCGCCAAGAUAUUCCAACGGCUUCUUCUACAAAGACGCAAUGAAUGGAAACGGCAAUGGAGAGAUACACUUCAGCGGCGUGCGCCUUCAUGUGGAGAGCCCGAGGUCGACGGUGGCGGCUGUUCAGGGCAGCAAUGCCACUCUGCCCUGUCACUACCGAUAUGAACCGGAGAUUCACACACCUCGUCGGACCAGGGUGAAGUGGUUUCGACUUUCUACGACUAAUAGAAGUUUGGAGGAGGACGUUAUGGUGGCCAUAGGCACUCGUCACCGGAGCUAUGGUGGCUUUCGGGGACGCGUGCGCCUUCGCCGUGAGGCCCCUGGGGACGCAUCCCUAGUCAUCAGUCCGCUAACCGUGGAUGAUAAUGGCCUCUACCGCUGUGAAGUGAUCGACGGACUCGAGGACGAGAGCGUCACCGUCGGGCUAGAAUUCCGAGGGGUGGUGUUCCCUUAUUACUCCUCCAGGGGGCGCUAUCAGAUGAAUUACCAUGAGGCCAAGCAGGUGUGUGAGGAGCAGGGUGCAACACUGGCCACAUUUGACCAGCUCUUUGACGCCUGGCAAGAGGGGCUGGACUGGUGCAAUGCAGGGUGGCUGGCUGAUGGCACAGCCCAGUACCCCGUGUCCACCCCAAGAGAGGCCUGCGGAGGCUCAGACCUGGCCCCUGGCGUCCGCAGCUAUGGCCUGCGUCAUCAACACCUUGACCAUUUUGAUGCCUUUUGCUUCACUGCCUCCCUCAAAGGCACUGUGUACUUCCUGGAGCAGCCUCUGAGGGUGAACUUCACGGAGGCGGCGCAGGCCUGUCUGGACAGGGGCAGCGAGAUGGCCAAGGUGGGCCAGCUGUACGCCGCCUGGAGGUUCCAGGGGCUGGACCGCUGUGACGCGGGCUGGCUCGCCGACGGGAGCGUGCGCUACUCCAUCACCAGGCCCCGAGCAAACUGUGGCCCAGAGGAAGCUGGAGUGCGCACGUUUGGCUAUCCUCCACGCCACCAGAAGCAUGGUGUUUACUGCUACAUGCCCCACUGGUAAACAUGGGUCGGUGUUAAUGUGCCCGGCAGUGCCAACUACCACUCCACAGUUCUCUACUACGUCGUCAUUUGGUAGCUAAUAUUUGCUGAAUCCCUCAGGACAUGAUGCCAAUGUCAUACAACUUCUAUUGAGCCGAAUUGUAUUUUGACAAAUCAUACUUGCUUACUGACUACGCUGAUGGCACACUAGUCAUUUAGAAAUGGCUUAAAUAACUGUGACUCUUUUUUAUGGUUGUUAUUACAUGAUUAUGGUAUUGGAUCAAUUACCGAUCAUUUAAUUACCAAUCAUUUAAUGUUUAUUAUGUAUUAUGUUUUUUAUGUGUUAUUCCAAGCUCCCUGUUUAAAUAUAGAUACACCUCAGCCGCCACCGCCAGAUUGCCCCAAAAUGUCAUCAUAAUAUAAUAACAGGUUAUCAGUGUUAUCAGAUGUUGGGACACACACACAUCAUCAAAAUGAUGAUGUACGGAUGACUUAAUACGACCCAGCAUAAUGGUUAUUUGAACUUUUUUUUUUAAUACAUUUCGAUAUAUAACAGCAGGGGAGCCUAUAAUGUGUGUAUGCUAGCAUCCAUAACUAGUAUUUCUACUACACCACUUAUAUGUCUGCUUAUCUGGGUCACCAAAAGCUCUCACUUCAGUAUUCUCUGUGGUGAUACCCAAAUUCAGAGUUGCACUCUGAUGGUAAAAGGAGGUUGAUUUUGAGUUGUGCUAUUCCUGUAGUUACUUUUCAUAUAUAUUACUGGGUAUUAGUAUGUUGUUGUUUUUUUCUGUUCAUGAACGACUUGUAGUCUGCUCUUCCUUGUCAGAAAAUGGAAAAAGUCUGGAAAUGAAAGCCCACAUGAGUGUCAUAACAGAACCGCAAUGCUGCUGUGAAAGCCAGCAGAAAUAGUGUGCACAACCGCAGGAGCCAUUACUGAAUUUAAGUCUUACGAAUCACACCAUUGAGUCAGCAUGAGUUGAUCAAACUUGGUUUUUACGAAAGAUGUAAUAUUCCUCAUCUUGAAAAUAAAUAUUUUUUCCAUAA